AUGGACGCCCGCAGUCAGCGCAGACGACUGGCCUGUGCCGAGUGCACGAGGAAGAAGAUCAAGUGCGACAAGGUCAUUCCCUGUCGCAACUGUUCAAGACGAGGCAGGCCUUGUUAUCGCCUCCCCCAACAGACUACCAGCGAGAGAGCUAUCCAAGACUGUCUUCAGGAGCUGCAAGCGACCCUUCGAGUAGUGAGACAGAGUCAAACGGCCACUCCGGUGCUUGAAGAUGGCACGAUCUCCGUGCCAUCAUCGCCAGAACAGCAGUCGCUCCUUCCAGAACCAGUGCCUUCACGGUCGGACCGACCUGAGAUGCAUUCAGCAGGGGUCAACGAAGACACCGAAGUCGAAGAUGCCGCGACAAUCCUUGAAUUUCUGGCCUGGGGUCGACGGAAGGUCCCCGCGUAUGGCAGCCCACACCGAUCGCUUGGGGAUGUUACGCUGGACGACGAGCUGGACCUGGAUGAAACCUCGCAUCUGCGGUUGACCAACGACUCGCCGCUGGAUCUCCUCCAGCUGCUCCUUCCCAAGCCGAAGUGCCUGCAGGAGAUUGUACGGUACCACUGCGACUGCCUGCUCUGGUACCACGCCUCCUUCCAUGCCAUCGUCUUCCAAAGCGAACUGGGCGAUUUCGUCAACAAAUAUGGUUGCAACGUGCAGAAUGCCAAUGUCGAUUUGCAGUGGGUGGCGCUGCUUUUCGCGGUCCUCACUGGAAGCAUGACCUGUGCUCCACCAACAGUGGCCCUAUCCUGGGGCUUCCACGAGCAAGAGCGCUCUGCGAUAGCCCGGCGCUGGUUCAAGGCCGCUCUUGUAUGUCUUCACCGGGCGGACUAUACGUCCAACCAUUCUAUCUACUCCGUCGAAUGCAUCGCAACGAUGACCAUGAGUGCGCACAUGCUCGGCCAUUCCAACAGUCAUUCAGUGAUGCUCGCAACGGCCGUGAGGAUAGCUCAGAGCUUGGGCUUGCACUUACUGGGAUCUUCCGCGCAUGAUCACCCAAACAGUCUAGUUCGAAAAGAGAUCGGCCGACGCGUCUGGACGGAGCUGUGCAUCCAGGACUGGUUCUCGAUUCCGUUCUCCGAGAGCUACCUAAUUCACCUCCUUGACUUUAACACCGGUACGCCCAUUAACUGCAAAGAGGAUGAUAUGGUGCCCCUUCCUGAUGAGGUGCCCACGAGCGUUACUUAUUACCGCGUACUCUACCAGGUUGCGCGCUUGAUGCCUUGGCUGCAGGAUGACAUGGCCAAGUUAAAUACCCUUUACACUAAAUACGAACAUGUCCUGCGAUACGACGCCCAGAUGCGAACCCUGGUCAGCAAGGUGGUCCCUUUAUUCCUUAAGAAUGCCCCAUUGCACCCGUCCUGGCCUUGUUACGUGCCCUGGGCCAGGCACUGCCUUAUAAUUAGCUUAGCCCACAAGAUUAUUAUGGUUUAUCGCAAGUUCCUUUGGCCGAGCUUUACUAAUCUAGCCUUUUCCUUUACCCUAAAGACUUGCAUUGCUGCAUCGAAGACGAUACUCCGCGAGUGUAAGCAGGUUGCUGAAGAAGAAGGGCCUAUCUUAUGGAUCUACCAUGCAUUUGCGGUGGCAGCGAGUAUAAUUCUAUGUUUGGACCUACUCUUCCAGCCACCGCUUGACGCCGAACACCACGGCCACCGGGAAUUAGUAGAGGAUACAAUUGCUAUACUAUCACGCAGCAAUAGCAGCAUGAUCGCCAAGCGAGGCCUGACGAUUCUGCGUCUCUUAUCUCGGGCGGAGGAGGGUCAGAGCUUGCCAGGCAGUUCACAGCACGAGCUGGCUAUUCGUUAA